AUGUCAGGACCGAAACAGACAGUAACGGCCUUCUCCACCACUCUGGUUGCAAUGCUGCUCAUCCUCUCCACAGUGACCCGGUCAGCAGUAACUUCAGACAACCUUCGACCAACACAAUGGACCCUCAGCCUGGACCUUGCAGAGCCCACGAACACUAUACUACCUGUAAAUGGGAGUCAUGUGGAGGAGCCUCGUGUUCUGAGGAUGGCAAAACCCUGUAAAGACGAAGAUGCUGACUACUGCCUGAACGGACAGUGCAUGUACCCACCUGACAGCGAUACCCCUGCCUGCACGUGUGACGUGUCCUAUAGCGGCCCUCGCUGUGGUCUGUUGACUCACCAGACGGCGCUGUACAAGUUUUCCACAACAGAGGAGGUGAUUGGCAUCUGUGUGGGCGUGGCCUUGCUUGUCUGCUGCCUCGCUGCCGUUCUCUACUGCUGCAUCAAGAGAAGGUGUGACAAAAAAUAUCUUCCCUAUAAGACCUACGGUGGCUCGGAGAACUCAGUUUAG